ACAAGAUGGGGUAAUUUUGGCAAAUUGAGUUUUUUAAAUUUGGAGUCUUCUUUUGAAAUUUAGUUGACCGACGUUCAUACAAAAAAAUAAUUGCACUCCAUUAUCCCUCGAUCCUCCAUUUCUGCCGUUCCCAACGGUCACAUGCCGCGACUCGCUGCCAACUCGCCGGAGCUGACUGAGUCACAAUCACCGAGUUACACCCCUCCCAUAGAAGAACAAACAUCACAAAACCAUAACAACACAGUUCCCGAGAUUCCAUUAGAGAUCAUCAGUGACGAAGAAAUGGCGUUAAUCGAAGCUGCCUUCGCAGCCACGCGAUCUGUGAUUUCAUCACCGUUACGUGCUUCUUCAUCGUCGGCGCAUUUCCCGAACAACGUUAGGUCGAUAAAGUCGAUUACUCUGUUAUCGAAACGGAGUUUUUCGGGUUGUUCUUCGCAAAGUGAUCCGUUAGUGAUUGAUGUAGAAGAUUCUGGAAGGUUAAUGAGUAGUCAGAAGAGGAAUAGAGUUGUCGCCUCGUUGUUGAGUCGGUAUCGGAGGAAAAGAGGAUUGGCUGUUACUGAUAUUACUGCCACAGAAUGGUGUGAAAAAAAGAUGGAGUAUACUCUUCUUUGUGGCAAACCAGAAAAGACCAAAGCUAUGAAAGCUGGUAGCAUUCGUCAUGAAGAACUCGAAGAAGAGGUGAUCAAAAAGGUAAAAGUUUAUGUUGAGUCAGCUGAAGAUUUUUGGGCAUUAAAGUUCUUAAAUUUCAUAGUUGGUGCCAAUCAAUUGUUAUUUGACGGAUUGACAUGUGAAUUGCCCUUAGUAGGGUUUGCUGAAGGUGUAUGGAUGGUGGGAGUUAUUGAUGAGAUACGAAUGCCGGAAGGACAAAGUGAUGCAUAUCCAAUGUUAGUUGACACAAAAACACGAGUGGAAGCUAGCCUUCCUCUUGAACCGCAACGGAGGAAUGGAAGGCUUCAGCUAAUGUGCUACAAGCAUUUGUGGGACAGCUUGGUGGCUGAUGACUUCCCCUCCAGACAGUUCUUUGAGUUCUUCUCUCUGAAUCCUAAUCACAUUUUAUCUGCACAAAUCAGAGAACAUACUGCUAAAUGUGGUUUCGCUGCAGAGACUCUCACUGAUAUGUUGAGGUACUCUCGUAAUACUUGGUGCAUGCUUCCACCGGCACAUGAGCAACUACUGUUGAGGUAUGAAUUACAAAAAGAUCAAUCAUUGCUUGGUGAAGAUCAGUUUGAGUAUGAUCUUCACUGGGUAAAGGGUCAAAUAACCUCUUCGUUAGAGGUGUGGCGAGGAGAAAGAGAAGCCAGUUACACCUCUGAAGAUGAGCGCUGGAAAUGCAGGUAUUGCAAGUUUGCUUCUGAAUGUCCAGCCAGCAAGUCUGGCUCUCCAAGAAGAAAGGACACUGAAGGCUAACUGCUAAGUUUGGAAAAUCGCAUUGGUAGUGUAAAAUUCAUUUACACUGUUCGUGAAUAUAACUUAAAAGAGUCGUUUGGUGUGAGGUAUAAGGUAUAAUAAUCCAAGGGAUAAAAUGCUGGAUUAUUUUAUUUUGCGGUUGGUUGAAAGUAUUAGGCAGUCCUGGGAUAAUUUAUUUUUCCCACCAUUUAUACCUUAGUGAUGGGAUAAGUAAUUCCAUAUACAUGGUGGAAUAACUUAUUCCAAGAUAACUUGUUCCCAAUCGAACAACCCUAAAAACAUGGUGUUACAUGAAGAAACCUGCAGUAUCUAUACUCCUAGCUGUAGGUACAUUCUGAACCUGAAAAAGCAUUGUUGUACCAUUUUAUUUUUUUCCCACAAUGUUAAUUCAUUUUAUCUUGUAAUUGUUAUUGAACCUCAAUUCAUUGUUUGACAUUUGUGAUGUCAAAGCUAUUGACAUGAUCUCUGUGA